AUGAAGCUGAUCAUCCAGGAGACCUACGCGGAGGCCAGCGAGUGGGCCGCCAAGUACAUCCGCAACCGGAUCGUCCACUUCGGGCCCGGACCUGGCAGGUUCUUCACGCUGGGGCUGCCCACAGGCAGCACACCACUGGGCUGCUACAGCAAGCUGGCGGAGUACUGCAGGAAUGGGGACCUCUCCUUCAAGUACGUGAAAACCUUCAACAUGGACGAGUACGUGGGUCUCCCGAGGGAUCACCCAGAAAGUUACCACUCCUUCAUGUGGAACAACUUCUUCAAGCACAUCGACAUCUCGCCAGAGAACGUUCACAUUCUGGAUGGGAACGCAGCUGAUCUCCAGGCAGAGUGUGAGGCCUUUGAGGACAAAAUCAAAGCAGCUGGAGGAAUUGAACUCUUUGUUGGAGGUAUUGGCCCUGAUGGUCACAUUGCCUUCAAUGAGCCUGGAUCAAGCUUGGUAUCCAGGACACGAGUGAAGACCUUGGCUAUGGACACCAUCCUGGCUAAUGCCAGGUUCUUUGAUGGUGACCUCUCCAAAGUCCCCACGAUGGCUUUGACAGUUGGAGUAGGCACUGUCAUGGACGCCAGAGAGGUGAUGAUUCUGAUCACAGGAGCCCACAAAGCCUUUGCAUUGUACAAAGCCAUUGAGGAAGGGGUCAACCACAUGUGGACAGUGUCUGCUUUCCAGCAGCACCCCAACACUGUGUUUGUGUGUGAUGAGGAUGCCACACUGGAACUCAGGGUGAAGACAGUGAAGUACUUUAAAGGUUUAAUGCUGGUUCACAACAAGCUGGUGGAACCCUUAUACAGCAUGAAGGAGACAGGAGUGAAAAGCAGCCAGUCCAAGUGUCCAUACAGUGAUUAACCUGCUGCUCCCAGGCCUUUGA